AUGGGAUCUAGCUCCUCCUCCUAUGCUCCCAAAACCAUCUACCUGGAUGUAGAUGGAAAAGUCCAGAAGGUGAUUUUUAGUCGACACUGCAGUCCUUGUGAUAUCCGGGAGCUUCUGUGUUCUUCUUCCAACAUCCCCAGGAACACUGCCAUAAUGCUGGUGGACCCAGAGGGAGCGCUGGUCUCCAUUGAUCCUACCAUGCCUGCCAAUUCUCCUCGGAACCUGUACAAGGUCAUGCCUUUGUGCUCAGGCCAGCUGGGAGAGAAAGAAGACAUGUUUCAUAAUGUGCUGUCUCAAGUGGCUGAUCAGUUCAGCAGAGCUUUUCGUAUAAAUGAGCUGAAGACAGAGGUCACCAAUCGACUGGCCAUGCUGGAGAAGAGAGUAGAGCUGGAGGGUCUGAAGGUGGUAGAGAUUGAGAACUGCAAGAAAGAUCUGAAGAAGCUACGCGAUGAGAUGACUACCAGAACAGGAGGGAGGGUAAGCUGCACCUGCAAAUACAACUUCUCUGAUGACGGUAAAAAACUGUGUCCCAGGCGAGAUGUUCCAAGCUACCCAAAGUAUACACUCUCCCAAGAAACCAUAGAAGCCCUGAAGAAACCCACGUUUGACGUUUGGCACUGGGAACACAAUGAGAUGCUGAGUUGCCUGGAGUAUAUGUACCAUGACCUGGGCUUGGUUAAAGAAUUUAACAUGAACCCAAUCACACUCAAGCGCUGGCUGCUUGGCAUUCAGGAGAACUAUCGCAGCAACCCAUUCCACAACUUCCGCCACUGUUUCUGCGUCAGCCAGAUGAUGUACGGCAUGAUCCACCUCUGCAACCUGCAGGAGAAACUCACCCUCACUGACAUGGGCAUUCUCAUGACCGCUGCUGUGUGUCACGACUUGGACCACCCCGGCUACAACAACACGUAUCAGAUAAAUGCUCGCACUGAGCUGGCGGUUCGCUACAACGAUAUCUCGCCUUUGGAGAACCACCAUUGCGCCGUGGCCUUCCAGAUCAUCUCCCUGCCCGAGUGCAACAUCUUUGCCAACGUCGAGCUGGAGGUUUUCAAACAGAUCAGGCAGGCCAUCAUUACUCUGAUUCUGGCCACUGAUAUGGCCAGGCAUGGGGAGAUACUGGACUCCUUUAAGCAGAAGGUGGACAACUUUGACUUCACCAACGAGGAGCAUGUCAGAUGCCUGAAGAUGGUUUUGAUCAAGUGCUGUGACAUCUCCAACGAGGUGCGGCCGACCGAGGUGGCUGAGCCCUGGGUGGACUGCCUGCUGGAGGAGUACUUCUUACAGAGCGACAGAGAGAAAGCCGAAGGACUGCCUGUCGCUCCGUUCAUGGACCGGGACAAAGUCACCAAGCCCACGGCGCAGAUCGGCUUCAUCAAAUUCGUGCUCAUCCCCAUGUUCGAGACUGUCAUGAAGCUCUUCCCUCAGGUGGAGGAGGUCAUGGUGCAGCCCCUGAGGGACUCCCGCGACCACUACGAGGAGCUGAAGCAGAUCGAUGAUGCCAUGACCGAGGUGCCCCGGAAUUCCUCCAGCUCUGUCCUCCUGUGUCCUCGCAUGAGCCCGGUCACGCGCCUGCAAAGGGGGGACGUCUCCCGCUGCGGCCUCACGCCCAUCCCACACCUGCCCCGAAGACCCAGCCACCUGCUGGGGCCCGACUUCUACUCUUCGCCUCACACCUGAAAGACCCGCGCGCCCACGCCCCCCCGGUCCGGUCCCUCCACUGAGACGUGCCCAUAGCCCCGUUUUACAUCGCAUCGUGAAUCUCUUACAGCCUGAUGGUGGCAGCAGCGCUGCAGAAUCGGGCUGCCACCACUCCCUGACCCACCCACUGACCCACUCCCUGACCCGCUC